UAUAAUUUUGAGCCUAGCUCUUAGUUUAGCGUGGACUCCAAUAAUUAAAGCUUGUUCAACAGGCGAAGGAAAGCGUGAUUGUCAUUCAGGCUUUCCUUGUAGCUCUAAUAAUGAUUGCAUAUUCAAGAAUUGUGAAAAUUUUGUUUGUGUACGCAAUUUAGCCAAUGGCUGCAAGGUGGGAGGUCAGAAGAAAAAUUGUAAGUUAGGUGAUCCAUGUGUAACUAGCGAUGACUGCAUAACACCGGGCUGUGAACAACAAGAUACAACUAGUGUUUGCGUUUAA